GAGGAGUGAGAGUUAGGGUGUGAUAAAUUGCUGAAGUUUCCAGGAUCUCUAGAAAUCUUCAAGAGUUGCUGAUAGGACCAGAGUGGAUGGUCUGAUAGAAGAGCAGAGGGAACAAAAGAGUGUGUCGGCGAUCGAUGGAUCACAAUUUCAAGAAAAGUUUAUGUACUUAAACAUAAUAGGGGUGUGGAGCAGUAUACGGUACAGCAAGAUCAAAUAGAUUCACUAGGAAGAGGGAUGACGAUUAAUGAGGAUAACAAUCAUGAUGGAAGUAUGGCUGCACUGGAUCGUUAUGUUGCCCCUGGUUUGCGACUUUGGAUGCUUAUCGCUUUGGUGUCGGGAAUAUUAUUAAUUAUGGUAGUGAUCGUUUGCUGUUUCAUGCGAAUUCGAAUACCGCGCACUAAGCGACAAAUUGAUUUGAUUGCUGCAAGGAGAAAAAUGCGAAAAUCGAUUUUAUCUUCCGAACGUUUACCAGAUGAAAAAGCGCAGCCAAUCGUAAUGAAUAAAGUGAAACAGCCGGUUCAUCAAAAAGGUGGCAAUCGUCGGGAACACGAAGACGGUACCACUGAAUCCAUACCUCUUGUGAAUAAGGUUUCAAUGCAUGCUACUACUUCCGUUUAAAUUUCUUGCAGAUUAACAUUACCUAGCCGGCAGAAUCAAUUUUGCUUGCACCGUUCCUGCGCAAGCAGAGUUGCUGAAUUGCAGAAUUUCUCUCGACUUGUUAUUUGCAAGUAACACGUUUAGUUAAGAGGAAAUAACUGAAACCUGUGGAAACUAUAGUUAAAAGCAUAUUUAUUGCAUUCGAAAAUUUUAAUGCAGCAUGUCUUGAGUGAUCCAGCUCCAUAGGGACAUUUUUGUGCAUUACCUCGUUCCAAAAAAUGCUUAUUUCAGUCACUAAUUUAGCUGUUUGGAUUCUCUUAGCUUAAAUGAAAAUAUAUUUCAAUGUUGCGAAUAACUCGUGAUUUUAAUCAGUGCAAUCGGCGAAAAUAUCGGUUUAAUGGGGAAUACUGUU